AUGGAAGAGCUAGCCCACUAUUUGGCGCUGAUAAAAGGAUCGGCCAUUCCCUGUCUAAUUUCUCAGCUGAUACGUGAAGAGCCUCGAAUCGUUCCAAGGAUGGUGUCUUUUCGAUAUAUUCCUUACACGAUGACCAUCUUCGGCCUCAUCGCUGCGAUACUGACGUGCAUGGUGACACAGGCGUUUGAGGGGGACGUCCAUUCCGGUCCGGGUAAUUCUGACCUUGCCGGAUCCCACGAUGCCUCGCAGCUUUCCGACUUUUCUUUUCCUACGAUGAACGAUCCACAUCUCCCUUCGAUGGAGCAUUACAGCUGGAGUCUCCUCAUCCCAACCGCUCGCCAUCACUUGAUUGAUGGUCUUGCUUCGCCAUUCUUCGACCGUACAGAGACCUUUUCAGGAUCACCGGAUCCAACGCCAGAUAUUCCCUCUUCAUCGCGACUUGUUUCAUUGCUUCCCCCGGCGACAGUCACUCACAGCGAAGCGACGAGUGCAGUGCCCUCUUUGAAAGAAAUUCUCGUUCCAGUAAUGGAACAAUGGCACAUUCUGAGGAGUCUUGGAAAUCAGUUAGUCAAGCUUCGCAUCAACCCGGGUAAUCUUCGAAUGGCUCAACCGCUCGUAGAUGCUCGACCAUUCCACCUGCGCUUCCUCCAGCAACAGUUACAGCGUCAGCUGUACACAAAACACGCCGUAUAUAUUACCCCUGAUAUGACCCACACGGAGCGAGUCGUCGCAUUGCCCACAGAGAGCGAGAAAUUCAAGAAAGCGGUUGUCGAGCUGCAGCCUUCCGACCCCGAAAGAGUAUCAUGGGCCCUCGUAAGCGUCAAACCUCAUCCGCAUACGUCUGUAACAUGGCUAGGCUAUGCACUCUUGGAUGUUCCCAGCAGAGACAUCCUUAACAGGUCUCUCGAAGAAGGAAGGCGAAUCAAGACGCUGGCGGAGCAUCUGAAGCUUCCCUCCUAA